AUGCGCAUGACCUUUGUUCAACUGCGAAUGCGACAAACGGACGGGCUUGCCGUGUAUGACUUUGAUAGCCUGCGCGUGGCUCAAAUCGACGGGAAUUCUUUGGAAGUCAAGACAGAUAAUACCAAAGUCUCGUUGAGUAAGAUCUCGACCAAGAAUCACGUACUGAGAGUUGAUUCAAAUCGUUUUUGGAAUUCUGAAGUAACUCUGUGA